UUGAUUCCAUAGAAACAUUGGCGGCAUCAUACUGUAUAAUUGUGUGAAGAUCGAAUAAUCCAACAAUACAAGGCAUAAACAAAUUAAAUUAAUCAAUUAAAUAUGAGUCGUAAAGAAGCACUCUCGUCUUUCAUCCAACAAAUCCACGGGCGACCUGUGGUCGUUAAACUGAACAGCGGUGUUGAUUACCGAGGUGUCCUAGCCUGCCUCGACGGCUACAUGAACAUAGCCUUAGAACAAACAGAAGAGUAUGUCAACGGUCAGCUAAAGAACAAGUAUGGUGAUGCCUUUAUCCGAGGAAACAAUGUCCUGUAUAUCAGCACACAGAAGCGAAGGAUAUAGUCAUGGUUUGUUUAAAUUAGGGUAUAAGAAUACAAUAAAAUAUUUCUUAUAAAAA